AUGCAGCACCACCCCCACCACUCGCAGGGUCCGGCGGCUCCUCAACAUCUACAACAUCCUCGACCCUCGAGCAUUGUUCAUCAGCAGCACCACCAGGCUCCUCCGCCGCAGUCCCAGCAUCCCUCGGCCUACUCGUCGUACCAGCCGGCAGGCCAGGCUCAGAGCGCCCACAGCGCGCAGGACGGUCUCCCGUACUACGCCCAUCCCAGCCCGUACAGCACUCCUGGAACCACCAGCGGUUACCCGGCCGCAGACACAUCCGACAUGAUGGCCGCCGCGCCGAUGCCCAGACCGUACCCGCCGAUGUCCUACCACACGCCGCAGUCGAAUUCGCCAGCUUCGGUGGCAUCCCCGUCUGCUCACGACCAGCACCGUAGCAUCUAUGGACAGCCGGCUCCUUCGCAACUGCAGCAGCAGUCCAUGUACUACAGCGCGCAACAGCCGCAGUACUCGUCGAUGCCUGCGCAGACGGCGCCUUCUCCCUACCAGCAACAUGCGCAGCAGCCACACCAGCCCAUGGGCUCUCAGCCUAACAUGAUGAUGUCCCACGCUGGUCCGCAGCACCAGAUGACGCAGCAUGCGAGUCAACACGCGCAGCAGGGAAUGACGGGCAGCCCGCGCCACGCCAAGAUGGAGCCGCAAGUGCCACCCCAGCUCCAAAGACCUGCCUCCGGACCGAUGGGCACGCCGCAGCAGCAGCACGCCCAGAACGGAGCUGGACCUUUGUCGACGCCGGGCGGCUCCUCUCCUGGCGUGAACUCCAACGCGGCACCCGGCCCCAUCCCAGCCACAACCCCGCUGGUAGUCAGACAGGAUAAUAACGGUGUCCAGUGGAUUGCCUUUGAGUACUCGCGCGAUCGCGUCAAGAUGGAGUACACCAUCCGCUGCGACGUGGAGUCGGUCAACACCGACGAGCUGCCCAGCGAUUUCAAGACGGAGAACUGUGUCUACCCCCGCGCGUGCUGCCCCAAGGACCAGUACCGAGGCAACCGCCUGCAGUACGAGACGGAGUGCAACACGGUCGGGUGGGCUCUGGCUCAGCUCAACCCUUCGCUCCGUGGGAAGCGCGGUCUCAUUCAGCGCGCCGUCGACAGCUGGCGAAACAGCAACCAGGACCCGCGCCUGCGCAGCCGUCGCGUCCGCCGCAUGGCCAAGAUGAACAAUCGCAAGGCGGUUCAGACCCCCCAUCCUGCACACAUGUCCGGCCCCAGUGGUCCGGCAGGGAUGCCCACCCCUGGCGCCAUGGGCCCUGGCGGUGGGACGGCCAUGGGGAAGCCUGGCAUGAGCAACAUGGGUCCGCAGAUGCACCACCACCACGCUCACUCAGACGGGAACUCUCAGGGAGGGGAUGAAGUCGGGGACGGAGAGUACAUGGACGAAGGUCACCACCACCACCACCAAGCCCCGUCCGGCCCUGGUUCCGGACAUGGUGACGACGUCCGCCAGGCCCAGGUCUUUGCCGGCUACCCCCAGCCCUACCCCAGCAAUGCCGGCUCCGCAUCCGGCAUCCCACCCCCGUCUCACCACAACGCGAUAGCGGCGCGCCACCAGGCCAAGGACGAGGACGACGACGACAAGCCUGAGGGUUUGUUCCCUGACAUUCCCGAUGCUAAGAAGCGCAAGUUUAUCCUCGUCGACGACAACAAGCGCGGCUGUCGCCUGCGAGUUCGGGUCGCUCUCGAUCUUGUCGACACCAAGGAGAUUCCGGACUCGUUCCGCAAGAGUUCGUCGGUCUACCCUCGCAGCCACUUCCCUCGGGAGAUGCAGAGCCCGCCGCCCAGCGCAACAGGCAGUCGCUUCUUCCAGGACGAUCUCAGCGACGACGACGUCGAGGUAGACGGCGGGCGCACCGGCCGCUCGCGAGGCCACGCCGGUCGAGACCGGGUCAUGGUCAAGGUACCUAUGUCCGAUGGAUCCGAAGGCGAAGUUGCGAUUCCACGAACCCGUAGACACACUCGCGGCAAAGAAGUCCGCCUUAACGACCUCGGUUAUCGCAUGGCUUGGCUACAGAGCCGUGUCUUUUCGGGCAGGACUAUCUUCCUCCAAAGAGCUCUGGAUUGUUAUCGUAACAAGACUCGCAAUGCCAUCGAAUCCAUCAUGCAGGACGUCAAGACCGCGGCGCCUCAUUACGAAACACGAGUGGGCAAGCGGAGGUGGAGCGAGCGUAUGCGCCAGGGUGCCGACAAACGCGAUGACGAGUAG